UGAACUCCGACGAAAUUUUAUUAUUAUUACAACAAAUGGAAUUAUUUGUUAAAAGCUUUAACCGGAUUACAGUUAUUACCUCGCAAAAACGCUGUUUUUCUUCUUUGAUCCACAAGAUGACUUCGCAGUCGAAGUGGAUGGUUGAAAAGAAUAGAAUCUUAUCUUUACCAAUAGAAGAGAAGAGAAAACUUUAUAAAUCCGAAGAUUACGUUACCGUUCAUCAAGUUGAUCCCUGGUGUAGUUAUGUUAUCAAAAAUAAAGACGUGGAAAACAAGAAACAUACAAUUGAUGACCUCAACGAGUUUCGAAAGAUAAAAAUAGACCCUGAAAAGAAUAAGGCAUUGGCUGAAAAAGUCUCUAUAUAUAGAGGAGAUAUUACAAAGUUAGAGAUAGAUGCAAUUGUAAAUGCAGCAAAUUCUCGCUUGAAAGCUGGAGGUGGUGUUGACGGAGCAAUCCAUAGAGCGGCAGGACCUCUACUUCAGGAAGAGUGCAAUUCUAUCGGUGGCUGUAACACAGGAGAUGCUCAGAUCACGGGAGGAUAUGAUUUACCCGCUAGAUACGUAAUACACACAGUGGGACCACAAAACGGCUCCGCACCGAAUCUCCAAUCGUGUUACGAAAAGUGUUUCUCCCUACAAAACCAGCAUCGGAUCACGUCCAUUGCUUUUCCUUGCAUAUCUACGGGUAUCUAUGGGUUCCCAAAUCGUUUAGCGGCUCAUAUCGCUCUGAGAACAACAAGGAAGUUUCUAGAAGGAAAUGACGAGGUGGAUAGGGUUAUAUUCUGCACAUUUAUGCCGAUCGACGUUGAUAUCUAUGAAACACUGAUGCAGAUGUAUUUUCCGGUACACGAGUGGAAUUAUAACGAUGGCGCUGCUGUUUCGGAAUUUUAGAACGAGGAAAUGGUUGUUUUUUUUUUUUUGGUAGUUUUUGUAGGAGUUUAAACUGCCUUAAUAUGUAACCACUUAAGUUUGAUUUUUCAUAUAAUACGUUAAUAAUAAUAUGUGUAUGAAAUACAACUUAAAGAAAUUCUUUGUUAUUGUAAUAAUUAUGUGAAAUAUGAGAGAAUUUUCUUGGUUGUAACUGUUUGGCUGUAAUUUAGUUAUAAAUUGAUUUGUCCCUAAAUUUUAAGUGAGAAUAGUGUGAAACACUCGAUGAUUGCAAUACAUUUUUUUACAUAAA